CUAGUUAUCCCUAAGGUAACUAGAAAGGAGUUUAUUAAUCAGAACACGCGAUAAUUUACGAGUGUAUAUUCGAUCUUUUCAAUUAGAAUUGGGAAUUAGGGUUCAGAGAUGCCUCGUCACAGUAGAGAAGACGAUCGCAGGAGAUCGUUGCCUUAUGAUGAUUCGUCCAGAGAUCGGCGUUCCCAUCAUCACAAGCACAAAGAUCACGGUUCAGACGACAAGGGAUUCAAGAGAACAGACUGGAAUCGGGAUGGGGAGUCGAGAGAUCGAUACCCUAAGGAAGAUGGGCAGAGAUCUGCGAGAUCUUAUGGGGGAAGAAGUAGAAAUGAGGAUUAUGGAGAUAGGCGACAUAAGGAAUCUAGCAGAUACUAUAAGCAUGGUGGGGAUGGAGAAAAACAACAAAGGCAGAGGUCACCCAACCAAUUAGAUGAUAAAUCUCACAGCAAGCGAACAAGUGGCUUUGAUGUUGCUCCUCCUGCUAAUGGUGCUUUGCCAAGUCCUUCAGAGCAUGUUGCUGGAGUGUCCAUGGCUUCUCAAGCGAUUCCCGGAAUGUUGCCAAACAUGCUUACUUCUGAUACAUCUCAGUUAGGAUUGUUCCCAAUUCAAGUUAUGACUCAGCAGGCUACAAGGCAUGCACGUAGAGUGUAUGUAGGUGGCCUUCCACCUUUGUCUAAUGAGCAGACUAUCUCAACAUUUUUCAGCCAUGUUAUGAAUGCAAUUGGGGGAAACAUUGCCGGUCCUGGUGAUGCGGUUGUCAAUGUUUACAUUAAUCACGAAAAGAAAUUUGCAUUUGUGGAGAUGAGAACUGUAGAAGAGGCCAGUAAUGCAAUGGCACUUGAUGGAAUUAUUUUCGAGGGUGUUUCUGUGAGAGUUCGCAGACCUACAGAUUACAAUCCAUCUCUUGCAGCACCACUUGGUCCUAGUCAACCUGGUCCUUAUCUCAAUUUAGCUGCAGCUGGACUGACACCUGGCAUGCAUGGUGAAUCUGAUGGAGCUGAUCGCAUAUUUAUUGGCGGGGUGCCAUACUAUUUCUCAGAAGCUCAAAUGAAAGAGUUGUUAGAGAGUUUUGGACCUCUGCGUGGAUUUGAUCUUGUCAAAGAUAGAGAUACUGGAAACUCUAAAGGAUAUGGUUUCUGCUUCUACCAGGAUCCAUCUGUCACAGAUGUUGCUUGUGCUGCUUUGAAUGGUCUAAAAGUGGGUGAUAAAACACUUACUGUUAGACGUGCCACUGUUAGUGGGCAGUUAAAACCGGAACAGGAGUAUGUAUUAGCUCAGGCACAGCAACAUAUAGCAGUGCAGGUUGAGAAAAUGGUUUCAGCAGCUGAAGCUGGAGCUUUAAAUAUUCCCAGUGGACAGCCCCCUACAAGUGUGGAAAUUCCAACAAAAGUUUUGUGCUUGACUGAGGUUGUUACUACUGAUGAAUUGAUGGAUGACGGAGAGUAUGAAGAAAUUCUUGAAGAUAUGAGAGACGAAUGCCAGAAAUUUGGGGAGUUGAUUGAAGUUGUCAUUCCUCGUCCUGUUCCAGAUUCCGCUCCUAGCAACGGUGUUGGAAAGGUAUUCUUGGAGUACUCCGAUACUACUGGUUGUAUGAAGGCGAAAUCCGCACUUAGUGGCCGGAAAUUUGGAGGCAAUAGCGUGACUGCUUUGUAUUAUCCGGAAGACAAAUAUUACGACAAGGAUUUCACUGCCUGACUUUUCAUUUCAUGUCCUAGUAAACCUUGAACAAUCAUCAGAUGUCAUCGCCACAUUUGUUAAUUUCUGGAAAUAUUAUGCUUAAUCUCAGAUUUCAUUUUAUGUUUUUCAUAUGUAUAAUGGAUUGUUAUAUUGAUGUAUAGUGAAUUAGUGAGUGGUGUCAA